GUUUGGAUGAGACCUUUUGCAGUCCCCGCAGUCUCUUAUGUGGGUGUCCGCGGUUUGCCUGCCUCAUCCGUGGGAUGCAUAGGUGGAGGGCCUCCCGCAUUCGCCUCCAUGUGCGAUAGCACGAGCCUUGUCGUCGGCUGUUUGCCCAGCGUUGCCUUCCAUCCUUGGAACUUGACAGCUUCCUACAACUCCAUCGGGGAUUAUCGAAAAACACUCUGCCUGCAACUGUUUGCCACUUAGUUUUCGUCUGAUCUAGCAGUGUAUUCCUCAAUUUGUUCUUCAAGCACGUUGGACUCAUGUCGUCCUCGCGAGGAUUUUGGCGUGCCUCUCCGCAAGGCUGGAGAGGUGGCGGACACUUCUCGGGCAGUCAUGGCAGACGGCCUACCCACAACCAAGAGAGCCUACCGUGCAGACACUUCCAGCGCGGUGCGUGCUCCUACGGUGCGAGGUGCCGCUUUUCCCACGACCGAACUCGAGACAGCGGCACAACUCGGGACAUCCACGCCAGCGACGAGCCGGAGACGCUGGAACAGGCCGAAGCGAGGACUGCCUACUUUGACUGGAAGCGGCUGUUACGAUUGCCACCUAGCCUAUGUGGCAAUAGCCUGUCGUCCCUGGCCCGGUUCUGGGAGGACGCCCGCGGCAUACUCGACGGGGAUGGCCGAGACUGGCACCAAAUGCUCGUUAGGGAUCUCGUGGACGAGACGUCUUCCAGCCGCCAAUACAUCAAUGCGACAAUUGCCCUCGAUGCACUAACCGAGGACAGAACAAGGAUGUGUAUCGCCGAUGAUUUCAUUAGAGUCAUGGCCCACGAGUCGCUCCUCGACUGUCUCUCGGUAGGCACAUAUGUCGGUGAGCUGUAUCACAUCGUCGGCGGCGUCAAUGGAGCCGAGGCUUUGGACUUUGUCGCCAAGUUUUGGAAAGCAAUGCUCUCAUAUUACAAGAGGAUGUACGCCCCGGAGGAUAUCGAGCCAUCUCUGCAGAGGACGUCAGCUCUGGUUGGCGAGCUCCUUCGCCGGCGACAACUUGCGGCUCUCCAGGGUGGCCUUACCGAGGUUUUGGUCGCCAUGGACGGCGUUGCGGAUCUUCUCAACUCUCCAGAAACGGCGAGUCUCUAUGCUGCGUGUACAGAUCGCAUCGCCACUCUGCGUCGCAUGGUCCAGUUGUCCGCUACGCGUUUAACCGCCGCCGCCGACCCCUCCAAUGGCCGAUCCGGCCCCGCUGACCCGACGGCUGCUCGACCGACCUUCGCCUUCCCGAUCGAGCUCGAGCUGCCUACCGGGAGGCACGACAACGACCAUCUCGACAUCGGUCGAAUCAAAAUCUAUCCGACCGUCGAUGAGAUUUUGUCUACCCGGGACGACUUCCUGCCAUCGACCGACUUUCGGCAGCCUCAUUUCUACGACGACCCCGUCCAGCGCUACCUCGACACGCACUUCAGGCUCUUCCGGCAUGAUACAUUUCGUCCGUUUGUCGACUUCCUACAUCAAGCUCUGCUGUUGUUUACGGAUGGCGCCACCCCUCUCCAUGUCCUUGAUGGCAAUAUCAGGGCGUAUGUCUAUCACAAUGCAACGAUCUCGCACCUCUUGGUGGAGGACAAACGAGGCUUCGAAUCCCAUGUAUCCUUUUCUUCGCCGCAUCACCUGCGACAGAAAUCUGCCAGCGAGCGGCAGGCCUGGUGGGAGCAAUCGAAGCGACUAGAGCAGGGCACCAUGGCGUGUUUCAUCUGCGCUGUCGGCGGUCGGCCGACGCCCUUGCUUCUUAUCGUUACUGAAAAAUCCACGAACCCAUCGGAGGAGAACAACCUCGUUUCGGAAGCCCACAGAGGGACCAUCUCGACCAAGCUGGCAACGCCAGAACGCAAGGAUCUGGAGCUUCUGACUCGCAUUUACCACCACAGGAUUAACGGGAUUUUGAUCGAUCUCCCUGACUUGAUCCCGGCGACAUUCAAGCCGAUUCUGGAGAACCUCCAGGACAUGAUGCUGAAUAUGCUCCCUUUCCGAACGUGGAUCCUUCCGGACCUGGCCAGCACGCGGAGCCCUUCUGCCGCAAUCCCUCCGCCCAGAUACGCGCGUGGAGCCGGCUUCGCAUUCCGCCUGGACUCGAUCGUGCAGGACAGGGCCCGCAGCCUGACACUCGGAACUACUGCCUCGAAGAGCGAUGCGGCUCUUUUGGACCGUUUUGUGGCUGAGGCUGGCCUCGAUCGUGGCCAGGCCGCCGCAUUCGUCGCUGCUCUCACGACCGAGUAUGCCUUGCUUCAAGGACCUCCUGGCACUGGCAAAUCGUAUCUAGGCGUAAAGCUACUCCAGGUUCUUUUGGCCUGCAAGCAUUCGGCAAGCCUCGGCUCCAUCAUAGUGAUAUGCUACACAAACCACGCUCUGGAUCAAUUUCUACAGCAUCUCCGGGCUGUCGGCAUCAGUCGCAUAAUCCGCAUUGGCGGACGAAGCCAGUCGGAGGACCUCAAUGAUUGCAACCUUGCCGAGGUGAGCCGUAGGACCCUCAAAUUCAGGAGUGAGAGUCGCAUUCUCGGCAUGGCGUAUUCGGAGCUGGAUGAACAGCGCAGAUGCCUCGGGCACCGUCUCGCGGGUCUCCAUGCCCUUCGCAAGGAGCCGCCCUCGACAAUUCUAAAGCGAUUUCUGGAGCGUAACCGCGCCCAGACCCAUGCCCAAUUCUUCCCAGACGAGCAAGAAGGCUUUGUCACCGUCGGAGAUCCAGUCUCAAUCUGGUUGGGCAGAAGCUGGUGUCCCUUUUCAGUUGCGACGACUGCAGCUGCAACCGAGGAGGUGCUUGAAGACCUGGGGCGUCGUGCGACCCGUGAUGUCAAGUCCCUCUCUCGAUCGGAGCGUCGACUGCUCUACCAGUCUUGGUUAGAUGAAAUCCGCAUGGAGCAGACCGACUCGCUAUAUGAGGAGAUCCGUCACACUGAGGCGCAGCGGUCGCGCAUCGAUGCGGUUCACAACGAAACCAACCGACGAGUCUUGCUGAAUGCCAAUGUCAUCGGCAUCACCACUACAGGACUUGCCAAAGACGUCGCUACCCUCCGCCAUUUGAGGGCCAAGGUCGUCAUUUGCGAAGAGGCAGCCGAGGUGCUCGAGCCUCAUCUCAUCUCGGCACUCAUGCCCGGCGUCGAACAUGUCAUACAAAUAGGCGACCACCAGCAGCUGCGGCCCCAGAUCACCUGCAGAGCUCUCAGCAUGGAGGAGCCCAGCGGUGAGCUUUAUCAACUGGACCGAAGCCAGUUCGAGCGCCUCGCCGUGGGACAGCCGGGACUGCCGCCCCUCCCUGUCGCCCAGCUCAAUGUCCAGAGGCGAAUGCGGCCCGAAAUCUCUCAGCUCAUCAGGCAGACAAUGUACCCACGCCUGGAGGACCACGAUAUGGUAAAGCAUUUGCCUAACGUGGUCGGGAUGCGGAACAACGUAUUCUGGCUUACCCAUGACCAUUCCGAAGACGUGGCCGACGACGACAAACGCCUCAAGUCCCACGGCAAUGAGUGGGAGGUUCGCAUGGUGCUGGCCCUGGUCCGACAUCUCGUCCUACAGGGAGCAUACAAAACCACCGACAUUGCAGUCCUUACGCCCUACGCAAGACAGCUGCAGCAGCUGCGCGCCGCUCUAGCCCACGACUUUGCGGUUUUCCUUGGUGAGAAGGAUGAGGACAUCCUCGCCCGAAACGACAUCGACGGCGCCGAGGACGCCAGCCAAACGCUGCUCGAGACGAAGAAGCUUGUUAAUGCGAUCCGUCUCGCCACCGUUGAUAAUUUCCAGGGUGAAGAAGCCAAGGUCGUCAUCGUCUCGCUGGUUCGCAGCAACAGCCGCCGCAAGGUCGGCUUCCUCAAAACGUCGAACCGCAUUAACGUGCUGCUCAGCCGCGCCCAGCACGGCAUGUAUCUCAUCGGCAACUCGGAUACAUACUCCAACGUCGAUAUGUGGGUUGAGGUCCGACGCCAGCUCGAGGCCAGCAACUCCAUCGGCACGGCAUUCGAGCUCUGCUGCCCGCGACACGUCGACACGCCAAUCCGCUGCAGUGAGCCUGACGACUUUGCUCGCUUCAGUCCCGACGGCGGCUGCGACCUCCCUUGCGACCGCCGCCUGGACGACUGCGGUCACCAGUGCUCGGCCAGGUGCCACUCGGAGACGAUGCACAAUGCCUUUGCAUGCAUCCAGCGCUGUCCGCGCAUCAGAGCGACCUGCACCCACAGCUGUCCCAGGCUGUGCGGCGAGGCCUGCGGACCGUGCCAGGUUCCGGUUAGUGACGUGCCUUUCCCAUGUGGGCAUCGAGUCGAAAAAUUACGAUGCUACCAGACGCUGGACGUGGGCAAGAUUUCUUGCAAGGUCCGUGUUUACAGGAAAGUCCCUGGCUGUGGCCACGUCGUCGAGGUCGCAUGCGCCGUUGACGUGACCACGGAGAGGUUCGAAUGCCCUACGCCGUGCGAGAAGGUCCUGCAUUGCGGACACAAAUGUCCCGGAUCUUGCGGAAAAUGCGUGUAUUGGGACAGCGAUGAUGUCUACCACCAGCAAUGCAGUCGAAAGUGUGGUCGCCCAUACGACACUUGCGGUCAUGUCUGCCAGAGCAAAUGCCAUUCUGGCCAACCAUGCACGCCCUGCGCUCGCCAAUGCGAAGUCCGCUGUGCUCAUUCACGCUGCUCGCUCCCCUGUCAGCAGGCGUGCCACCCGUGCAUCGAGAAAUGCACCUGGUCCUGCGAGCACCAGGGUGACUGUCCGAUGCCCUGCGCCGCGCCCUGCACACGCCUCCCGUGCAACGAGAGAUGCCGCAAGAUUCUCAAGUGUGGACACCAGUGCCCGAGUAUAUGUGGCGAAACGUGCCCUGAGGGCUACUGCCAGGCCUGCGGCCAGCAUACUGCCGCCCGUGUUGACCUCUUUGAGCUGAAGGACUACCGAGACAUCGACCUUGACGAAACCCCCAUCGUCGUCCUCGGCUGCGACCACUUCUUCACCGCCGAAUCCUUGGACGGAUCGGUGAGGAUGAACGAAGUAUACGCGGCCGACCCUCUGACUGGACACUACAGCAGCCUCCGGAAAUCACAGGCCAACCUGUCGGUGCCUAGCUGCCCAAACUGCAAGCAGCCAAUUAGACAAUUUGCAACUAAGAGAUACGGUCGUGCCAUCAACCAAGCCGUUAUGGACGAGAUUUCGAGCAAGUUCCACGUCAACGGUCUCAGAAAACUGGCUGAACUGGAGAGUCGUAUCCAGGACAUCGCGGACACCCUCAGGAACAGUCGUUCGGGCCUACAUCUCCCGAUGAGGCGGUUCCAAAGUGACGAAACCUUAUACUCCGAAGCCGAAACGUUGAAGAGGGACAUUGGUCAGUUCUGUCGAAAGAUCGGCGCCGAACAGCAGCCUACCAAGAAGCUCCUCGAUGCCGUCCGUCUCGCCAGAAGACACGGAAACGAAGGCCUUGACGGCGUGAUGGCAGCACUCAGCUUAGACGAUCCAUCCCUACCGGCCCCUGCGCUGGACAAGCAAAUCAUCCUAGGAGGAACCCUCGCGCGUCUGAAGCUCGAGGAUAUUGUCCUCGCCGACAGCUUCUUCGCGGAAUCGAGGCGUGUAGAUGCUCUCUCGGUACUUGAUUCAGCCCCACGUCUGGAGCAGAAGGCACCUCUGUUUCUACGCGAGUGCAAGGUAUUCAUUGAGGAAUGCCGUCAAGAGAAUCUCCCCAGAAUGGAAAUUCAGGCCAUUGCCGCUUAUGCGCGCGUCGCGAAAUGCCUCGAAAGUUUCCGCCGUCGCCGUCCUGCCGAAUCGCCGUCCUCGUCAGCCUCGUCCCAGGCCUACGUCGAUAUCGCGCGAGACCUGCUGGAGACGGCAUCUGGCCUAUGCAAGGUGGCGUUUGAGGGCGCUAAGGAGCUCCAGACCGAGAUCGAGCAGAUCUCGCGGCUGUAUGAGCGGGAACGGUACGAGCCAGUCACGGCAGACGAGAUCGCGGCAAUUAAAUCCGCCAUGGUCAGCGGCGCAGCCGGCAUCGCAACGCAUUCUGGACACUGGUACAGGUGUCGCAAUGGACGCACGUUUGCAAUCGGCGAGUGCGGGAUGCCCAUGGAGCGCGCCCGUUGUCCCGAAUGCCAGGCCCCAGUUGGGGGACAGAACCAUAUGCUGGCAGAGGGGGUGAGCCGGGAUAUAGAUAUGGAGCAGUAGGGCCAGGUAACUCAACCGUUGAUUACAUUUCACCUACUCGCGCAGAUUAAAAGCAUCCGCUCUGAAACGGCCCUCCGGGGUUCAGCGCGGGCGGGCAAUCUGUCGGAUUUUAUGGACGUUUUUCCCCAUGAAAAUUAGCGGGAAAUCAAUGUACUCCCGUUUUCUCGCAUGAAUCGCUCAACUGCAUGGCGCCGGGGUUGGCUCCACUGCCAACGCGAUAAGCUC